AUCAGCUCAUUUGGAGUACAAUAUUCGAACUGUCCAUUUUCCCUUACAAAAUUGAACAAAAAAAAUACAACAAAAUAAAGCAAACGAGUGGAUUUUAAAAUUUUAUAUUUUAAAAAGUGAGUGAAUAAAUUAAUUAAUUUUUAAUUAAAAAAAAAAUUAAUUAAAGAAUAGUUAAAAAACAAACUGGAAUAAAGAACAGUUUUAAGAAAAAAAUAGUGUAAAUUAAAAAAAAAAAAACUGCAAAAAUGGUUGUCUCAGUAAAGGUUUUCAAAAAGACCACCCCAAAUGGAAAAUUAACCUUCUAUUUGGGACGUCGUGAUUUCGUUGAUCACUUGGAUUACUGUGAUCCUGUUGAUGGUGUUGUUGUUGUCGAUCCAGAUUAUUUAAAAUCACGUAAGGUAUAUGGACAACUUGUUACGACCUACCGUUAUGGACGGGAGGAAGAUGAAGUCAUGGGAGUUAAAUUCUCAAAAGAGAUGAUCCUAUGUAAAGAACAAAUUGUACCGGUUAUCAAUGAAAAAAUGGAAAUGACACCAACUCAAGAGAAAUUAGUACGUAAAUUAGGUGCUAAUGCAUUUCCAUUUACAUUUCAAUUUCCACAAAAUUCACCAAGUUCAGUAACAUUACAAGCUGGUGAAGAUGAUAGUGGUAAACCAUUAGGUAUUGAAUAUUGUAUCAGAGCAUUUGUUGGUGAUAAUGAAGAUGAUAAACAUAAACGUAGUCAAGUUAGUUUAGUUAUCAAAAAAUUACAAUAUGCACCAAAUAAUCGUGGACAACGUUUACCAAGUUCAUUGGUUAGCAAAGGUUUUACAUUCUCUAAUGGUAAAAUUAAUUUGGAAGUAACAUUAGAUCGUGAAAUAUAUUAUCAUGGUGAAAAGGUUGCAGCAACAGUUCAAAUAACAAAUAAUUCGAAAAAAACUGUUAAAAAUAUUAAAGUAAUGGUUGUUCAACAUACUGAAAUAACAAUGGUUAAUCAACAAUUCAGUAAGAAUGUUGCACAAUUAGAGACACGUGAAGGAUGUCCAGUAACACCAGGUGCUAAUUUAACUAAAACAUUCUAUAUGGUACCAUUGGCUUCAAGUAAUAAAGAUAGAAGAGGUAUUGCUUUGGAUGGUGCAUUAAAGGAUGAAGAUGUAAAUCUUGCAUCUUCAACAAUGGUUUGUGACGGUAAGACAACAGCUGAUGCAAUUGGUAUUGUCAUUUCAUAUUCAUUAAGAAUAAAAUUGAAUUGCGGAACAUUGGGUGGUGAAAUUCAAACUGAUGUACCAUUUAAAUUAAUGAAUCCAGCUCCAGGAACCAUUGAAAAGAAACGUUCAAAUGCAUUAAAGAAAAUGAAAUCAAUUGAACAACAUCGUUCCGAUCGAAAUUAUUAUGGUGAUGAUGACGACAAUAUUGUAUUUGAAGAUUUUGCUAAAAUGCGUAUGCAAAAUGUUAUGAUGGAAAAAGAUUAAAAUUCUUAAACACAAUAAAAAACAAAAAAAAAAAUUGUGCAAAUGUUGUGAAAAAAAAUAAAACUAAUUUUUUUUUUUAUUUGUCAUUUCCAAAUAAAAAAAUUAAAAAAAAAAAUUAAAUAAAAAUUAUAUGCAAUUUUACUGUCAAUAUUAUAAAAAUGAAAAUAAUCGAACGCUUGUUUUAAAUAUUUAGAAAAAAAAAAUAAAUAAAUAAAAUUAAAAUAAAAUAAAAUUAAACAUCUAAUUAAGAAAAAAUAAAAGUUUAAACAAUAACAGUAAAAUAAAAGUAAACAAUAGAAUAGAAUAACAACAACAACAAAAUAACAAUCACCACAACCACACCACAAUAUUAUUGUUUACUUUUAUUUUCAUUAUGUUGCAUUUGCAUUAUUAUUAAUUAAAAUAUUAAAAACAUUAUAUCUAUUAUAUAUUAUGUUAUACUUAUGUUAUGUUAUUUUAUGUUAUAGCUAUGUAUAAUAAAUAAAUUUAAAUAAAAAGAGAAAACAAAAUGAAACAAACAAUUAAAUACAAUAAUGUUAUGUUAAAAAAAAAAAAAAAAACAAAACCAAAAAAAAAAAAAUAUAAAAAUCAAACAACAAAUUUUUAAAGAGAAACAAGAACAGAACAACUUAAUUCUAUAUACUAUAUUUUAAAUUUAUUAAAAUUAAAAUUAAAUAAAAUUAUUAAUUAUUCAAAUUUAUUAAAAAAAAAUAAAAUAAAUAUGGGAUUAUUAUUAAAAUCUAUUUUAAUUAUACUUAAAAACAAAAAUAUAUUAAUAAAUUAAAAUUUAUUAAAAUAUUAUUAAUGAAUGUCGAAAAAAAAAACAAGUUUUUAAAUAAUUUCAGAAAAAAUAGAACAAUAUGUUGCAAAUUACAUUUUUUCGAGAAAUAAAUUUUCUCACAUAUUUUAUUUAUUAUAAAAUUAAUUAAUUAAUUAAUGGAAUGAAAAACUAGUCAAAAAAAAAAAUUAUUAUUGAAAAAUUUACAAUUAUAUAUAAUUAUUAAUUGUUAAUUUAUUUUAAAAUAUUUUAAAUUAAAAAUCAUAAAAUUAAAAUGUAUUUUAAUUUAAUCGAAAUUUGAAAAAAAAACAAAACAAUUAAACAGAAUCAAAAAUAUUAUAAAAUAUUCAAAUUAUUAAAUUAUUAUAAUUAUAUUAAAUUAUUAAAUGUCUAUAUUCAAAAUAUUUAAAUUAUACAAAACCAAUUUAAUGAAAAAAAUUUGGUUUGAAAAAAAAAUUUAUUAUUAAAAAUAAUCACACUAUUAUUAAUUAACUAUCAAAGCAAAAAAAAAAAAAACAACCAAAAAUUGUAACAAAAAAAAAAAAUGUUUACCGCUAAUGAUUUUUGUUUAUUUUAUUUUUUAUUAUUGUUGACUGAUUCAUUAUAAAUAUGAAAGAGAAAACAAAAUUAUACAAGAAAAAAAAAAAAAAAAAUUAUUUAAAAAAAAAUUUAAUAAAAUUUUUUUUAAUUUUAAUUUUUUUCAUCAUUUUAUUUUCUUUAUAUAUACAUAUAUAUACAAAAUACACACUUAAAAAAUAUAAAAAUAAACCAAAAAAAAAAAAAAAAAAAAAGAAUUAUGUGACAGGAUAAUGAUAAAAAGAAACAACCAUAACAACAA